UUCACUUUCAAACUCAGUAAACGCUGCCAGAGGAAAGCACCUUUAUCAGUGUGGAACAACAGGAUUCUUUCAAAAAUAAUAAUAAUACAACUUGCUAGAAAAGGCUUUGAUCAAACCGCAGCUAUUUUAUAUCCAGAAGUAGUCACUGGGCAUCUGGAGAAAAUGAAAUAAUUGAUAUUUUAAGGACUAUCUCGACAAAGCAUAAGGAUUUCAGAAGCACAGACCACACCUUAAACACCAUGAAAUGUCUCAGAAGGAUCAAUCAGAUCAAGUUAUACUGAGAUGAAGGGUCUUUCAAUCUACCACAGGUCCAGAGCCAGCUCCUCUCUACCUGAUUUCAUCAUGUUCUUCAUUACAUUUUAUGUUCACAAGCUGGAAUCAGCUCGGUUCACAGUGAUUGGACCUGAUCAGCCUGUCACUGCCAUUGUGGGUGAGGACACUGUGUUACCCUGUCACUUGUCCCCCAGGAUAAGCGCUGAGAACAUGGAGGUGAGAUGGUUCCGAUCUGAGUUCACUUCGUUUGUGCACCUGUAUCAGCAUGGAAAGGAUGAGUACGAGCAGCAGAUGCCAGACUAUCAUGAAAGGACAGAGCUUUUGAAAGCCAGCAUCAUGGAUGGGAAUGUUGCUUUGAGGAUUUCGAAUGUCAGACCCUCUGACGAAGGAGAGUACCGCUGUUUUGUUCAAGAUGGUGUCUUUUAUGAAGAAGCUGUAUUGGAACUGACGGUCGAAGCUUCAGGCUCUGCACCUCAAAUCUCUGUUGAGGGUUAUCAGGAUGGAGGGAUCCGAAUGGUGUGUCAGUUGUCAGGAUGGUACCCAGAGCCCGAGGUGCUGUGGAGAGAUCACAGUGGGCAGCCUUUAUCUUCUACUAAAACAAAAUCCACAGAUGGACGUGGGCUCUUUGAAAUAAAAAGUUCUAUCAUUAUAACAGAAAAUUCAAACCAGAAUUUAUCCUGUUCUAUAAGGAACGCUUACUUCAACCUAGAAAAGGAACCCUCAACUUUUUAUAUAUCAGAAUUAAUUUCAUGGAAAGAAGAUUUCUUUUUACCACGAAUGUCUCCUUGGCCGGUGGUUUGCAGUGUGACUCUGGUGAUUUCAUUGGUGUUCAUCAGCCUUACUCUUUUUCUGUUCAUGUUAAGAGGGAAACAUCUCAACACUAUCAGUAAACUUCAAGCAGACCUAGAGUGGAGAAGAUCCCUAAGUGAUACAGUGAAUGUGACUCUGGAUCCAGACACGGCUCAUCCUGAACUCGUCCUGUCUGAGGAUCGGAAAAGUGUGAGAUGGGGAGACACGCGGCAGCGACUGCCCAACAACCCUGAGAGAUUUGACACUGAUCCCUGUGUGCUGGGCUGUGAGGGAUUCACCUCGGGGAGACAUUGCUGGGAGGUGGAGGUGGGAGAUGCGGGAGGCUGGUCUGUGGGGGUGGCCAAAGAGUCUGUGGGGAGGAAGGGAGGGAUCAGCUAUAGCCCUGAUGGGGGGAUCUGGGCUGUGGGGUGGCGCUGGGGGGGUCAGUUCCAGGCUCUCCCCUCCCCUCUGACCCCCCUGCCCCUGAGCCGGGUCCCCAGCAGGAUCCGGGUUUGUCUGGACUGUGACCGGGGGCAGGUGACAUUUAUCGGUGCUGGUGACGAGGCCCCGAUCUUCACUUUCCCGCCGGGCUCCGUCCCUGGGGGGAGAAUCCGACCCUGGUUCUGGGUGGGGCCGGGACACCCGGCUCAGCCUGUGUCCCUGAGACACACAGCAGAGAGGGGAACUGGAAAUCAGCCUCUCUAGCCACACACUGUCCAGUCUCUAUGACCUUGGAGGACUCCCAUCUACCCAGCCUCUGGCUCCUCAUCUCUAUGGCCCCUGGAAGCUCCUCCCCCGCCCUCUCUGCAGCCCCAGGGAUGCGAGGGGGGAAGAACCCCUGGAGCUGCAGGAGGGGCAGGGAGUGGGGGCUGGGCAGGGGGUAGCACUGACAGCCAGGUUGGGGACAGGCAAAUGUGGGGGUGGCAGGGACACAGAAUUAAUGAAUCAGGGUUUGUGGGGUUGGGGAGCAGCUGGAAGCUCCAGGGAGUGUUUUGUGCAGAUCUGUGGGAUUAGAUCUCACUGGGGCAGCAAGAGGGAGAGGGAUAAGAUCGGGGAAAGAAGGGAGCAGACAAGGGGGAUGAUCUGUGGGAGGGAGGAGAGGAGAGUGGAAGAGACCCAGGAAAAUAAACAGGGAUCAGAAGUGAAGGCUAGAAAAAUGGUGAGUCUUGUCCGUACUCACAUACACAACAGGACAGGUCAGACUGACCCAGGUCAGCACCAUCCAGG